AAUGGAGCUAAUGGGAUCCACCUUGACGGCGGAGUACACCCGACCCAAAACCAGCCAAUACUUCCCAGCCAUCUCCAACAUGGUGUCCUCCUACCGGAGCAACCAGCCUGUGCUGGCCAUGAACCCCAGUGCCAACCAGCCCUGGAGGACUAACGCCUACUACCGCACAGGCAGCACUGCCGCCAUCCCCUCCCUCUCCUCCAUCCAGAGGGAGAACCUAGGCUUCGACCUGGUCCGGGCCAAGACCAUGUUCUACCCGUCAAACCGGUCAGCCAUGAUCACCCGCUACACCCCAGACGACUGGUACAAGUCCAACCAGAGCAACUACCGUGAGUCGGAGUCGUCCAGGAACAGUGCGGAGCGGCUGAGGAGGGAUACCAUCAGGUUGAUGCAGGAUAAAGAGCAGCUGACAAGGAGGACCCAGGAGACCACCAGUAAGAACAUUGGUGAACGCCUCAACGACAUCAGUUUCUGGAGGUCAGAGUUGAACCAUGAGAUAGACAACAUGGUGAGCGAGAUCAUGGCCCUCACUGAGGUGAAGAGAAGGCUGGAAAGAGCCCUGCAGGAGACCGAGGGGCCUCUGCAGGUGUCCCAAGAAUGCCUGUAUCACAGAGAGAAGCGAAUGUCCAUUGAUCUGGUUCACGACAACGUGGAGAAAGAUCUCAUAAGGGAAGUGGAGACCAUUAAGUCAUGCCAGGAGAGGAUGAGGAGACAUCUAGACAAAGCCAUCGCUCAACUAGCGUCAAACCGAGCAGCUCAGCAUGAGCUGGAGAGAGACCUCAGUGACAAGGUGACAGCCCAGAGAAUAGACAAUAAGUGUCACCAUCUCAGGAAUGCGUCAGACGGGAUCAGCUACUACAGAGGGAUCGAGAGACUGGACCCAUCGCUCUCCCUGCCCGACUCGUGGUCAAAGUUCACGGAUGACAACAUCCUUCACUCCCAGAGCGAGCGGGCGGCUUCCCACAAGCUGCGUGAUGUUAUUGAGAUCCUGCUGAACGUCACGUCCAAUGAGAUGUGGAAACAUUUCAACACGGUCAACGUGUCCUUCACCAACCGCAUGUCAGAGACCGCCGAUGCCAAGAACAGCCUGCAGACACACCUGGCUAAGACCCUCCAGGAAAUCUUCCAGACAGAGAUGCUGAUAGAGAGCCUGAAGAAGGCUCUGAGGGACAAGGAAUGCCCCCUGAAGGUGGCCCAGACCAGGCUGGACGAGAGGACACGCAGGCCCAACGUGGAGCUCUGCAGGGACAACCCACACCACAGACUGGUGGGAGAAGUGAGGGAGAUAGAGGACACCAUCCACAAGCUGCGUGAGAGACUGAUGGAGGCAGAGAACACCCUGCAGAAGCUGGUGAAGACCAAGGCUGCCCUGGAGCAUGACCUGUCCAUCAAGGCUAACUCCUUGUUCCUGGAUCAGGAGAAGUGCAUGGGCAUAAGGAAGAGCUUCCCCAGCACCCCACGCCUGGUGGGAUACACCUAAAGCCAUCACAUACAGUGCAUUCGGAAAGUAUUCAGACCCCUUGACUUUUACAGCCUUAUUCUAAAAUGUUUUUUUUUUUAAUUCCCUCAUCAAUCUACACACAAUAUCCCAUAAUCACAAAGCAGAUUUUUAGAUAUUUUUUCUAAUUUAUCAAAAACAAAAACUGAUAUAUCACAUUUACAAAAGUAUUCAGACCCUUUACUUAGUACUUUGGCCGCGACGACAGCCUUGAAUCUUCUUGGGUAUGAUGCUACAAGCUUGGCACAGCUAUAUUUGGGGAGUUUCUCUUAUUCUUCUCAGCAGAUCAUCUCUAGCGCUGUCAGAUUGGAUGGGGAGCGACGUUGCACAGCAAUUUUCAGGUCUCUCCAGAGAUGUUAGAUUGGGUUCAAGUCCCUGCUCUUGCUGGGUCACUCAAGAACAUUCAGAGACUUGUCCCGACGCCACUUCUGCAUUGUCUUGGCUGUGUGCUUAGGGUUGUUGUCCUGUUGGAAAGUGAAUCUUCGCCCCAUUCUGAGGACUGGAGCAGGUUUUCAUCAAUGCUCUCUCUGUACUUUGCUCGGUUCAUCUUUCCCUCUAUCUUUACUAGUCUCCCAGUCGUUGCCACUGAAAAACAUCCCCACAGCAUGAUGCUGCCACCACCAUACUUCACCGUAGGGACGGUGCCAGGUUUACAUCAAAUGUGACGCUUGGCAUUCAGGUCAAAUGGUUCAAUCUUGGUUUCAUCAGACUAGAGAAUCUUGAGAAUCUUUCCAAGAGGGGUGUCGUGCCUUUUAAUGAGUAGUGG